AUGAGCGUUCGCCUUUCUGCCACUGAAGAUUAUGCAUCUCUGAUUGACAAGUACGACACAUGGAUGUUCGACUGCGACGGGGUAAUUUGGCAUGGCGACCGUCUCAUCGAUGGAGCUAUCGAUGUCCUACGCCUCCUUCGGAAUCGAAAAAAAACCGUUUUAUUUGUCACGAACAAUGCGACCAAGUCGAGGAGGAGCUACAGGGGGAAAUUCGACCAGCUCGGCGUCGAGGCACAUGUGGAUGAGAUCUAUGGAUCCGCAUACGCAGCAGCCGUUUAUCUGUCUUCUGUAAUCAAGCUACCGAAAGACAAGAAAGUGUAUGUAAUUGGUAUGGCCGGCCUAGAGGAGGAACUCCGCGAUGAAGGGGUCUCUUACCUAGGUGGAACUGAUCCCGCGGAUCGCACUCUAGAGCCGUUCUCCCUAGCCAACUUUGUUCUCGAUGAGAGCGUUGCGGCCGUGUUGUGCGGCCUUGAUACCGCCAUUAACUAUACCAAACUGUCCAAGGCCUUCCAGUAUCUUACGCGGAACCCCGGAUGCCAGUUUCUUGUUACGAAUGAGGAUAGCACGUAUCCCAGUGCGGAUGGAUUACUGCCUGGGGCUGGAGCUAUCAGUGCGCCCCUGCGCUUCGCGUUAGGCAAAGACCCUGUGAGCAUUGGCAAGCCGGCAAGUACCAUGUUGGAUUGCAUCAAGGCAAAAGUGAACUAUGAUCCAAAGCGCACUAUCAUGGUUGGUGACAGACUCAAUACGGAUAUCUUAUUCGGCAAGAACGGCGGAAUUUCUACGCUGCUAGUCCUGACUGGAAUCACGGCGGAGGACGAAAUCACGGGGCCAAAUCCAUCCCCAAUUAUCCCGGACUACGUUACACAGUCGAUAGCCGACCUCAACAAGGCCGCCGAGCAUUAGAUGGGCAUUCUUAGCUUAGACUAGUGCAGUACCAUAGAUACAGACAGCAUACAUUCAUACUCAUAGUAUUUUGGAGUAUCCUCAGGGUCACGCUCCUGACGAGAAUAAGUACGUCUAGUAAGGGAUAAGUGCUAGUAAGCAUCCAGGACAGUAAUGUUCGCGGUUUCUGUAUAUAUCGUCGAUCCCGUGGGGGAUAAUCGUAGAACACUGGCAGUAUCCCCAUUCAUGACUAGGACCACCGAAUGGGAAGGGUAAACCCUUCGUGAGAUUGCGGGUCCGAAGCGACACCGACCCUUGGCAGAAAUUUUGCGUUCCUAUCGCAAAGAAUCAGAACAGAAGAACAGGUUGCACUGAAGAAGGUCCUGGGAUCGUCGGGAAUCAGAGUGGGAAAGGCCUUCUUCGGUCAGUGCGACAUUACUGCCAUUUCUCUUAUCUUUGGAACCUGGACAAU